GAUUCACCCACCGCUUUGUCUUGCUCUUGCAUCUUACUCAUUCUGCCAUUUGGUUCCCGACUGUUUCCACUCGAUCUUCUACCCGCUGAACGACAAGCACCACCAACAUGUACAAAUACAUCCACACUGCCCUUGACACGAUACGCGACUACGCCAAACCUGCCACAACGUCCAGCUUCCGCGAGACUGGCAAGCUCACUCCUGACGAGUUCGUUCUGGCUGGAGACUUCCUCACCAACAAGUUCCCUUCAUGGUCAUGGUCUGGAGCCGCCACUCCGGCUCAGCGUAACUCUCACCUGCCCGACGACAAGCAGUACCUCAUCACUCGAGGUGUCCCCUGCCACAAACGCCUCAACGACAACUUUGCCGGGAAGGAAGGUCUCGACGACUUGGUCAAGGAGGGUGAAGCCUUUGGCCCUACUGGAGACGACGACGAUGGCUGGUUGAGGACCGGCGGAGAUCUCCAUAAGCCAGAGUCCCGUCCAGGCGACAUCCGCACUGUCGACGACGAGGGCCAUGUCGAGCAAGACAGUGGUGAUUACGAGGAGGAUGUUCCUGACAUCGAGGACGAGGAGGACGAUCCAGAUGCCAUCAUCCGUGAUCCCAAGGCUCACAACGACCAGAACGACACUCUCCGCAACUACACCAUCUACAUAACCUACUCGACAUACUACAUGACGCCGCGACUCUAUCUCUCGGGCUACUCGUCCUCGAACGAACCUCUGCCGCCCAUGUCCAUGAUGGAGGAUAUUGUGGGUGAUUACAAGGACAAGACCGUUACUCUGGAGGACUUCAACUUCGUCUCUCCACCCAUCAAGACCGCCUCCAUUCACCCUUGCCGCCACGCCAGCGUUAUGAAGAUCCUCCUCGACCGCGCCGAUGCCGCUCUCAAGCUGCGUACACAGAGAAUGAAGCACGGCCAAGACGUCUCGAGACAGGGCAUGGAGGGCUUGGUCGACCAGACCAGCGCACUCAAGCUGGAUGACGAGAAGAAGAAUGACGAGUGGGAAGUUUUGACUGAUGAGGGCAAGGAAGACGACGUCGCUAUCCGUGUUGAUCAGUACCUCGUCGUCUUCAUCAAGUUCAUGGCCAGUGUCACUCCUGGUAUCGAGCACGACCACACUAUGGGAGUUUAGACGAGGCAGGUCCUUUUUCUAUUGCCUUCAGACAAUCAUUCACUCAGAAGUCAAGGCGUUCAUGGCAGGGUCGUUUCUUUAGGAGUUUCUCACAUGGCUUGAUAUGGAGUUUAAGGUUCACGAGAUUACGGCAUUUCAU